AUAAAAACAACCCUGCUUGUGAUCUGCUCACCGAUCUGACAGAUACGUCAUAAAACAUUUUCACGCUCGUAGAUUUUUAUUCGAAGAAAGCACUGAUUCAAAAUGUUCGCUCGCCUUGCAAACGUUUCUCGCACUGGAAUGACCAAUAUGGUCCGCCACGCGCACUCCCACGGUGGAAUUCCCGGCGAGAACUUACCGUUCAGCCUGAACAACCGAUAUAAACUCACCGCUUUGUUUAUUGUAUUUUUCGGCUCCGGCUUGGGAGCACCUUUCUUCGUUCUUCGUCAUCAGUUACUGAAGCAGUAAAAAUUCGAAAGUUUAGCAUAAUGGCAAGGAUAAGAUAAAAGUGUUUUGCGUAGGAAAAAAGUGAAAUUAUAAUAAAGGCUCGAGUGGAAUAAAGCCAUCUA